CUGAUUUCCACUCUUCUUGUUCCCUUCCUUCCAAAAAACACACACAGUAACAAUCAGCUGAGAUCUCAGUUUCAUGAUCACACCCAAUUAUGAGGAGGGGGAGAAAUGAAGAUGAAAUUCCAUCCCUCCUACAUUAAUGUACAACACAUCUCAUUUACUGACUGGACCACCACUCCAACCACCAUCCGUAUAUCAGUCAUGUCACACUCACAGAGCACAAACGACAGAUAGGAGAUGGAGGAUUCGCAUCAAACCCACAUCACCAAUAGCUAGUAUACGUACGUACGUACAUGGGUUCUCAUCAUGAUCAGAAAAAACAGAGUGGUAGCAGCAGCAGCAGCUUGAUGGAGGAAGAUCAUGGUGACGGUGGGAAAAUAAGGAAGAUGAAGAACAGGGGAAGCUUGGAAGAUGAAGAUCAUGGAGAUUCAGAGCGACGAAGACCACAAGGAGAGGGAGAAGAGGGUGAAGAUCUUGGUGAGAGCUCGUCCAUUUCACUGUCGGGGCUGUCGAAGAUUGUUCUUCCACCACUUGGUGCUUCAGGUCAAAUUUACCAGAACCCUCAGGUCUCCAGAGGAUGGAUCAUUUCUCCCAUGAAUUCCAGAUACAGGUGUUGGGAGACAUUCAUGGUGUUGCUGGUCGCGUACGUCGCCUGGGUCUAUCCCUUCGAAAUCGCGUUCCUGAAAUCGGCCCCGGCUCCCAGCAAACGGCUCUACGUCGCCGACACGGUGGUUGACCUUUUCUUCGCCGUUGACAUCGUCUUGACUUUCUUCCUCGCCUACUUCGACUCUCGGACCCAGCUCCUCGUUCGCGAUCCUCGUAAGAUCGCCACCAGGUAUCUGUCGACGUGGUUCAUAAUGGACGUGGCAUCCACGAUUCCUUUCGACUCAUUGGGGUAUUUAUUCACUGGGAAACCCCAAUUGGGCAUUUCUUAUUCUCUUUUGGGAUUGCUCCGAUUCUGGCGACUCAGACGAGUCAAGCAGUUCUUCACUCGGCUGGAAAAGGACAUCAGGUUCAGCUACUUCUGGGUCCGCUGCGCCAGACUGUUGGCAGUGACGCUCUUCCUGGUUCAUUCUGCUGGCUGCCUCUACUACCUGCUAGCAGAUCUCUACCCGCAUCAAGGGAAGACAUGGGUCGGAUCCUUGAUCCCAAACUUCAGGGAGACGAGCGUCUGGGUGAGAUACAUUGCCGCCAUGUACUGGUCAAUCACCACCAUGACCACGGUCGGGUAUGGAGAUCUGCACGCAGUCAACACCAUGGAGAUGAUCUUCAUCAUCUUCUACAUGCUCUUCAACCUCGGCCUCACUGCCUACAUCAUUGGCAACAUGACCAAUCUCGUCGUCGAAGGAACCCGCCGCACAAUGGAAUUCAGGAAUAGCAUUGAGGCGGCAUCGAAUUUCGUGGGCAGGAAUCGGCUGCCGCCGAGGUUGAAGGAGCAGAUACUGGCUUACAUGUGCUUGAAGUUUAAAGCGGAGAGCUUGAACCAGCACCAGCUGAUGGAGCAGUUGCCCAAAUCGAUUUGUAAGAGUAUCUGCCAGAGGCUGUUCUUGCCCACUGCUGAGAGGGUGUAUCUGUUCAAGGGUGUUUCCAGAGAGAUUCUCUUGCACUUGGUGGCAAAGAUGAAAGCUGAGUACAUACCACCUAGGGAAGAUGUGAUCAUGCAGAACGAAGCACCGGAUGAUUUGUACAUAAUCGUGUCUGGAGAAGUCGAGAUAAUCGAUUGCGAUCUGGAUAAGGAGCUGGUUGUUGGGAGUUUGCAAUGUGGAGAAAUGUUUGGAGAAGUUGGAGCUCUUUGUUGCAGGCCUCAGAGCUUCACUUUUCGGGCGAGGACUAUUACGCAGCUUUUGAGGCUCAAGACUAGUGCUCUUAUUGAAGCAAUGCACUCGAGGCAGGAAGAUUAUGUGGCCAUCAUCAAGAACUUUCUCCAGCAUCAUAGGAAGAUUAGAGAUUUGAAGAUUGGAGAUUUUCUGUUUGAGGGUGGAGAAGAAGAGGUUGAUAGGAACAUGGAUUUCAAUAUGUUGAGUGUAGCGAGCACUGGCAAUGCUGCCUUCCUCGAAGAGCUUCUCAAGGCAAGGUUUGAUCCUGAUAUUGGCGACUCCAAAGGCAGAACUCCACUGGUAUGUUGAGCUAUUUACUUGUAAUCAAAUGGUUGUUAGGGGAUAGAGGGAACAUUACCAUGCCCUGAGUAAUGUUGACAUCUUAUUUGCAUACUUGGCAAAUCUUGCAGCACAUUGCAGCAUCAAAAGGGCAUGAAGAAUGUGUCUUGGUACUUCUAAGGCAUGGAUGCAACAUUCACUUGAGAGAUAUCAAUGGCAAUACAGCUCUCUGGGAAGCUCUAUCAUCAAAACACUCUUCCAUCUUCAGGAUAUUGUACCAAUUUGCCAUCAUGUCAGAUCCGAACACCUCAGGGGACCUCUUAUGCACCGCAGCAAGGAGAAAUGAUGUUGCCAUGAUGAAGGAGCUGCUGAAGCAAGGACUAAAUGUGGACUCCAAGGACCGCCAGGGGAGAUCAGCAGCACAAAUAGCCGUGGCUGAAAACCAUGCUGACAUGGUGGAUUUGCUCGUGAUGAAUGGGGCUGAUGUGUCUAACGAGUCCUCACCAAUCAACACUAUAAAAUCCUCUUCAGAAAGUGCAGAUGGAAUGCAGCAAAACCAAGAAUCGGGUCACAGAAUCACAGACAUAGAUGGUCAGCAAGAAAAGCUGAUCAGGAGGCAUCAUGGAAAAGGAGACUAUCGAUCGAACUCGCAGCGAGACACUCGUGGUUCUGGUUGUGCAAGAGUGAGCAUAUAUAGAGGCCAUCCUGUUGUGAGGAAAGAACUGGGUUGCAGGGAGCCUGGAAGGUUGAUUACGCUCCCAAGUUCAUUAGAGAAGCUUAAAACCAUUGCAGGGGAAAAAUUCGGGUUUGAUGCAAGAAAUGCUGCAGUAACAAAUGAUGAAGGUUCUGAAAUUGACUGUAUUGAAGUGAUUAGAGAUAAUGACAAGAUUUUCAUAGUUGAAGAUUCAAGCUGCUGUGGUUGAUGAUGUAUUGUCACCAAAUGGGAACAACCCCAUAUAUCAUGGAGCUAUUUGUCUAGAAUUUUCGUAUAUGAGAUGUGUUGUGUACUUGUUUUAAUGGUCAAUUAUGUUGCACAUGAAGUGUUGUAAUGGCAAUAGUAGAUCAUCCAACAUUUUAUUGUUGAGGUGAGGUAAAUCAACUUUGGGAAAGGGUUAGUGGUAAUUGUUUCAUCUCAAAUAGGCCAAAUAUGUAAGCUUAGGGCUAGUGUAGUGCUCAAUAUCUAAUCAUGUGCUUGUUCAGUUUCGAAUGAUUUAGUUAAGUUAAAAUAAUAAAGACACUACGAUUUAGUUUGGAAAUAAUAAGGGAAAUGAUAUGCUACAAAACUCAGAACUGCAAAAUCUUGUGUUUUAACACCCUAACACAGAUCAUAUCACUCUGCA